CAAGGUGCUGCAGGUGGAGGUGUGAAAAUCCUCUUUGAGAAUGAGCUCGGCGUGGCAGAUUUCCACCUGCCCAACAAAAGCUGCAUCCUCUACGUGUCUGAGUGUGACAUCAUAGCAGGAAACAGCUACAAGAGGAAACUGGUUCGCUACAGAAAUACCAGCAGCAGUUUCCAGGAGUUGGUGCUGGUGGAGAACACCAGACUCAGUGAGCAGUAUUUCUCUGCUGUGCAGAAGUUUGUGGUGUUCGACCUCGGCUUGACUCUGCUGCCAGUCAGCGGGCAGACUGAGGCCUCGCAGCUCAUCGCUCAGAUCGUUCACGGGGAGGGCAGAGAGAACCCCUUCAGGAGGAGGAGUUCGUCUCGGCUGUUGGACCCGCUGGUCCUGGCGCUGGUGCAGCAUGUCCCCGGGGUCGGCAGGGUCAAAGCUAUGGCCCUGCUGCAACAAUUCUCCAGCAUCCAACAGCUCUGCAACGCCACCCCCGCCGAGAUGGAGCCCAUCGUGGGUCAGGCUGCAGCUCAGCAAAUCCACAGCUUCUUCCACAAACCCACCGCUGCCGGAACCUGACGGCUCGACUCUGGGUCAUUAUUUAGAUAAGAAGGUUUGGAUUUAAUGGUGAUGCAGCAGCUCUUUGGCUCACAUCAUUAACUCUUCUGUACAAACUUUAAAAACAAUAUUUAUUUAUUGUUGUCUGACUGAGAUAUCUCAGUCUGGACCAAAGUGGAGGACUGACAGACAGACAUUGCCGUUCACAGAUUUCCUCUCUGGCUUUGCUGCUCUGUGUGAGAAAUUCUGUUUUGUUUUGUUUUGUUUUGUUUUGUUUUGUUUUGUUGUUUUGCACUGUGCACUUUUGCAUCCACAAUAAACAAGUCUCAGUC